AUGAAAAAAAAAAUAAAAAAGGGAGAAAAAGAUCACUUAGAAACUCAAAAACUGGAAAAUGGGAGGACAGGAAAAUGGGAAUGGGAAACUGGGAGAACCAGAGAACCAGAGGACGGGAGACAGGAGACAGGAGACAGGAGACAGGAGACGGGAGACAGGAGACGGGAGAUGGGAGACGGAGGGAGACGGGAGACGGGAGACGGGAGACGGGAGACGGGAGACGGGAGACGGGAGACGGGAGACGGGAGACAGGAGACAGGAGACAGGAGACAGGAGACAGGAUUAGCAUGGGUAUACCCUAGGGUAUCUGAGGUGAAACCCUUACCCUUACUUACCAAUAUACCAUCACCCACAGUGCAAAUGUACAACUUCAAAAUUUUAUAUGUAUCCAUCACUCCUAUGGUAAUCAAUUUGGGGAUAUAUUCCCAGGGGUACAGGGGUCUUCAAGUCCAAAUUCCUACCCCUACCCUCAAGGGUUUCCCAUACCCCUGCUGA